AUGACAGCGAGGAAAAACAUCAUGGCGGACUAUUUAGGGGAAGAGUCAGCGAAGAAAGUACAAUAUUUUCCCGAAGGAAGUCUUUUAAAUACAAUGACCAUAUCCAUAAUUGACUCUGAGAAGAGGUACACUGAUAUCCUCAAGGAACCUUACACCGUUUAUCUCAUCGAAACCAAGUGAGUUAGAGUAACAAGAAAUUUUGCUAUCGUACCCAUUUAUUUACAAGAUUUAUCACUCGAUGAAAAUUUAGGUUAAGCCAUGGUUGUUAAAAAGAUUUACAGAUUGCUCAAACGCUGCAUAGGUCUUGUUAAACUGAUCCUAGGUUCUCGUUUGAUCAGUCAACGUCAAUAAACGGAUGCAUCGGGGCUUUUCCAAGGGGUCUUUAUUGGGGUAGGGUGACUGGUCAGGGUAAUUUUCACCCCUGCACUAUUAUUUAAAUUCUUUGUGAUUUCAAUGUUUUAAUUAAGCGUGAGAGCCCAUGAAGGCUUUGAUAUUCACAAAGAGGAUUUGCUUCAAGGAAAUCACCAAGUAGAUUUUCUCGGUAAGGUUCAAACACAGUUAGCUCUCAGCAAGCAGAUUAUUUUUUCACCCAUCACAUCAUUGUAAAUUUAAUAUUGUACAUUUGGUGUUUGAUGAAGUAGAUCUCAGUAAGCUCUGAUGAGUUUUUCCAAAGGAGAUCCCAAAAGAUCCAGAUUCCCUCACGGCUAGCUCUUGCUGUCUACCAUGAAAAAAAUAAUGACGCGUGUGCAAAGAACUAGAUGUGAAGCUUGGUCAGGACCUUACAAAUUAAUGAAUUUGAUCUCUGGGGAUCAAACUUUCUCUUUGAAUAGUAAUCAUUAAAAUGUAAAGCAUUGCGAAGGCCCAAGCCUGCAAAACAGCCAUCUUUCCUGAGGGACAUCCGUCCCUGAGUAAAACAUCUCCAGUGGCAAAGAGAGAUGGCUGUUUUGGCAGGCUACUAAGGCCAUUCCAUAGUUGCCCUGAAACUUUUUAAAUAAUUUUAAGAAAUAGUUUACAGUAAGGUUAAUUUUGACAGUUGACAGUAAGGUUAAUUUGUAAUCAUAUUGUAAAGUUAGACAUUUGUUUUGAGUAUAGAAAUAACAUAAAUUUGUUGUCAUUAAAAGUAUAAAACUAUUCUGAUGACUGUUUUCAGGUAUAUUGAUGGAGGUCCUCCAGCCGGAGAACCUGACAUGUCAUCGUCAAUAUGGAGACGAUAUAGUGAAUUUGAACUGUUAAGAAAUUAUCUUGUUGCAAACUUUCCAGCGGUAAGCAAAUGGAUUGAAAAUGUUUACAAUAUUACAGUCUACACUGUACAAGUACCUCUCUUGUAGGUGUGAGCCUAGCUUAAGUGGAAGUCCCUCAUCAAGAGGUGUCCAGUAAAAAUAAAUUUUCAGUCCAUUUUGUUGUUGUCUUUAUUAGUUGUAAGGGAGUGUAUACCCUAUUCUGGGCAAAUUUUAUAGAGGGGACUUAAGAGGGGUUUGUGGUGGGUGAGCUCCUUAUUCAUUACUGUAGUUUGCUUAUGAACAAUGUUAGCUGUGGGGGACUCCCUACACAUACUUACCCCCAGGUUGGGCUGCACCAGACGUAAAAGGUGUUCCUGCCUUUUGAUCUAAUCUAGUUGUUGUUUAUCAAUCCAGAGUAACCCUCUCAGCUUCUUCACCUCGUACACUUAUUUUUCCUGACUUCAUAAGAUAAUUCUUAUCUGUGAAUUUUGUUGCAAGUUAACAUAUAUGGUUAGGCACUUUUAAUUAUUAUUAUUGUUAUUAUUAUUAUUAUUAUUAUUAUUAUUAUUAAAGACAAAAGCUACAUGUAUGACAUGUAUGUCCGUAAUAAUAAUAAUAACAAUAACAAUAAUGAAGCUAUUUAGCUUGAUCUCUCAUUGUUAAAAGCAUGGAUAGCUUAAACUAUAAUAUGAUUUUGUAAGGUUUAAAAUUCAUUUGAACACAUUUCUUUCAGUUGGUUGUCCCCCCUCUGCCAGAAAAAAGGGUAAGAACAAUAAUAAAUUAUUAUUUUUCGGUAGUCAUAUAACUAUGACAAAACUGUCAUAAACAGGGAUCAUAAUCAUAAUCAGCAAUCUAGAAAUAGAGAAGGGUCAAGCAGGACUUCCCUAGACUCAACAGCUAUAGAUACUUUAUUAUUGGGAUGUACAUAGAAAUUUUUCAUUUUUUAGUUUAUAGACAGUUGUUUAGUAUUGCUCUGUUGAAAACCACCAGACCACCAAGAAGUCUUUUUUUAACUAUAGUUAUACUAAAUUUGUAUUUAAUUUUCAUUUUGAGAAGAGUUUAAUAAAGUAUAUUUUUUGGAAAAAUGACAAAACUGUCUAUUCUGUUUGGCUAUUGGCAGCCCUGAUUUCAGCAUUACAGUCAAGGCAGGUCAAGCGUACCCCCCAAGAUUCUAUGAAUGAAUUGAUUAUUAAAUUUUGAAAAAUGAAGCCGUUAGUGGUUCCCCUAACUGGUGUCAAAUUCAAAGCGGCAUUUCUGCAUGCGUAAUGAGCAGUGAAUAUUUUACGAGAACUUCUCUGUAUUUGGUCAGAUUGAAAAUCUUUGAAUGGAUUAAGUUUCUUAGAAGACAUUUACAUCAAAUUCAGGAAAACUGAGCCGGUAGAAAUUUCAUAACUGCCUCGCGUGUGAAUUCACGGCUCAUCACGCAUGUAAGAAUGCAGAGAUCAAUCUGAAAUCUACAACUAGCAACAGAUUCAACUUUCGAAUAAUAAAUUCAUUAAUGGAUUCUUCGGGGGUUCGCUUGACCUGGUUUGACUGUAAUAAGACAGUGUAAUAGGACAGUACACAUCAUGUCUGAGUAUUAUAAUAUUAUUGUACAGUAAAGGCCAUCACUUGCAAUAAAUGUAGGAUGAAAUUAGUGAGUUUUUUUUUUCAUGUCUAGCAAAAACUCUUGGGGCGUUCAUGUACAAAUUGGUACCUCAAUUUUUUUUUUUUUUAGUAAUGAUUGAUAGAUUUUUUCUAUUGGUAACAAAACUUUGUAUUUGUCUAAUUCUGUCUAUAAUCAUACCAGUGAUGAGAACAAAUUGGACUGAUCAAUCACAUGAUUACAGAACAAACAGGACUCCAUGCAGUCUUACUACCUUUUCUUAUUGCAUUAUUUUAACUUUUUUGUCUUAUUAAGUGAAAUAUAUUCCUCUAAAUAUUGCUGUUGUGUUUAUCUCCAGAUUAAAAUUGCAGCAUUGAGAAUAGCAGCAGACAAGUUUGAUCCAGAUUUCAUAGAAAAACGAAAAGCAGCUCUUGAGGUAAGCAUGAGUGGAGUAGAGUUUGUUUGCUGUGUUAUUCGUUAACUUCAUUUUACCAACCCCUACAUCCUGCAUAACACAGAUGCUUAUUACUCGGGGAAGGGAGGAGCAUGGCUUUGUCAUUUAGAGUUCAGGUCACUCUACUUACAAUCCUGCAGUUGUGGGUUUGAAACCCACCCUAACCACUGGCUGGAUUAGUUUCUCAUUUGUCGCAAGUUUUGAUUCCUCCGCUAGGGAGCCAGCUGGUCUGCUUCCAGUGUCAGGUUUAUUUAUUUUCAAAUUUUUACCAGCUUUUUGUGUGUAGCUUGCAGCUUGUUGGUGAGACCAUCGCUCUUGCAUGUUGUUGUGAAGAUGGAUUUGGAUCAUGUCUAGUUCAGUCUGUAAUCACAUUCAUGAUUAAACCAAUAAUGGUCUCCUGCCAUGCAGCUGUCCGAUUUUGUUAAUCACUCAUGAUUACAAACUGAAUUGGACUCCACUCAUUCCUAUUACCAUUAUUCAUUUUACUGGUGUUUUGUUGUAGAGUUUUCUCUUAAGAUGUGCUGCACAUCCACAGUUAUCAAUGGAUCUCACAUUCAUUGGAUUUUUUAACCAGGUACUUAUGCCUCUGAUUUGUUAUUCAGAGAGGAGUCUACAUAGUACAGUUACAGUCUUUUCCGUAUGCAACUUCCUCUUUUCCCAUAAUGCACCUUAUUUGCCCCCCUUAUUUCUCUUGGGACGGCUGUAAUACCCAAGGGGAAAUGAAUGAAAAACAAAGGUUAUGCAAAAUUGAAGGGGGGGGGGGAGGGGGGAGGUGCAUUAUGGGAAAUGUGGAAGUGGCGUAAAGCCAACCUACCUCACAUUGUAUGGAAAAGUUAGUUAUUGUUGUUUACCAUGCUGCUAGCAUACUAUGAUAAUAUAAUUUUUUAUAUUAUUAAUAGCAAAAAACCCUUUUGUUUAGGGCAAGUACUAUUUCUUGUAUGGUACGUAAGCAACUAUCUCUGCUCACUUGCAAUAUAUUAUUGCUGCCUCAUGGGGCCCCUGGUGCCAUAUGUAAUAAACUAGAGGUAAUGAUUGAUUACGGAUCUGCGUUUAUCAUUUAUGGAAAAAUUACGGAAUCAAAAUCAAGUCAAAGGAGUCAAGUUUCUCGGCCGAGGUGCCCCUGAUGAAAUUAAUAGGGAAGGCUAAUUUGCAGUCACCCGUGAUAGCUCUAAGAUUUCUCCGUUAGUGCCACAGGAACACCAGAUUAGGAUGCGGUCUGAUGAACACAGUUAUUUUUCUGAAAGACAUAAAGAUGGAUAAUAAUAAUUAAGAAUUAUUAUUGAGUGUAAAAUUUAAGGAAAAAGCUCAAUAAAAAAUUAAUGAUACAGAAUUAUAUUAGAGCUAUGUUUUGAAGUAAAGAAAUCAAACUGGUCGCUGUUCAGGACUUUUUAAAGAAGAAAACACAAUGGCCAAUCCUGAAAAGUUCAAGAGGGCAAGGAUAAACAAAAUUGAAAGGUUUCAUUCAAACUAUAGACCUUUCCCCGCGUUCCUGUAAACAAAGGCAUGAAGUCGAGGCUCGGGUGGACAAAAUACAGUGAUUUGUAUGUAAUUGUCCACCUGACCAUUGUCCUCAUUUUUUUAUGUUUGCUCACUGGAGCAGAAUGCAGGAAAGGUCUAUUGAAUGGUUAAAUUAUGAUAUAUGAGUAAAUUGCACCUUUUUUUAUAGGAGGAAGGUUGGAAAGAAGCUGUGCAAGCAACAAAUUACCAAAGCAAGGUCUAUAAUUAAUCGCUCUUUUUGUUUCCCCAUUAAUGAAGUGCAAUGUAUGCAAGGUUUCCAAUAAAAAAUCUUUUGAUACUUUUGUCAUUUCUUUCAGGUUGACUCCAGGCUUAAAAGUUGGAGUGCUUCAGCCAAAGAACCAGAUAGGUAGCACUGCCUUAAGUUAAUUUCUAGAAAGGGUGCAGCCAAAUAGUACAUGUUUGUCCUAUGUUCAACCCAGAACAUCAUUUGUCUGAACAAAUAUAUUUUGUAUUGUUAUGUUAGUCUCACAAGAGUAUGUGUGCCAUGUUACAUGGUCAUCAUAACUGCAGGUCUGGAGUAUUUAAGAAGUGCUUGAAAGGUGUCUCUAGCGGGGGGGGGGGGGGGGGGGCUAAAAGACUAUUUAAGGUUUGUUAAGUUACGCAAGGGCUGUUCGAGUCAAAUUCGAGACAUUUGUCAUCCCUGAUUUUAUUUUGUUGACCUUCUGUUGUAGUCUUCCCUGAGACUGUAAUGCUGUAACGCUGGCUCCAUGAAUGAACAUGAUGCCCACUCCUAUUUCUGUGUUUUGGGAUUAUUUAGAUUAGUUACAAAGCUUUUUAUAAUCGUUUCAGUGUGAUUAGAGUAUAAAUAUUUUGAAGAACAUGGAACAAAAUACCUUUGGAUUCUAAGAAAAGACUUGUAAUGGACAGAAUAAUGAUUUAUCUGCCAUCUCUGUAAAUUUGGUAGGAACAGAUUUUUGGCUUGAAAGCAUUCUUCUUUGGUGCAACACCUGUUUUUUUCCUUCUUUCUUAUAGUUUUGUUUUAAUUUAUGUAGUAUUUCUUCCCAGGAGAUUUGAAGACAUGAAGCAUUAUGCUGAAAAUUUAGGCACCAAUGUAGCAGCCAUGAUCAAAGUUCGACAGGUAACAGCAUUAGCUAAAUUUUUUGAAGCAGGGUUUACUGGUUUUCACCAACUCGUUUACUAAUAAGUGUUGUUGUUUCUUUCUUGUUCAAAGCACAUUGCUGAUAUAGUAUAUUCUAUUCACAAACAACAUGCUAACUAUGGCAAAGUCUUCAGGUAACUUCCAUAAAUAUCUUCCGCUAAUAAUGCUGUUUUUUCAUACCCCUGUCAUUGUCAUACAAGGACAAAAAACAGGGCAACGAUAAUUUUUGAACAGAGGUGAACAUUAAUAAGUUGCCUUUCUUAUUCCAAAUAUUAAUGUUUGUUCAGUUUCUGUAAAUCCUCUAAGUUUUAGUUUACAGUUCAAAGUUACUUGAAAAUUGCUGUUUUUGGAGAAAACAAAAGCAUAUUGUAUAUAAAGAUAGACAUUUAAAGGACAAUACCCAAAUUCAGAUAAUCUCUAAUCUCCUUUGGAAGCUAGUGCCUGGAUAUAGGCACUGAUACUCUUGUAAAGCAAACUGACUAGGUUGUUGAAAUAAUGUCUUUAACAGUGAGUGGAGUUCAUUGGAGAAGGAGAUGGGUGAUGGAUUGCAGAAGUCAGGUCACUAUAUGGACAGGUCAGAUGCUACAUGUGGUUAACCAUAAGGAAAAUGUAGUUUAUACACUGUUCCUUGCUCAAAGAAAACCACUCAAAAACAGACGUGAAAAGCUGGUCCUGGCUUUAAAUGUCACAUUGCUUGUUUUAAAUCUUUAACUAAACUGGCCACUGUUAUUUUUUGUAGAAUAUUUUUGUGGACUAUCAAUUCAACUUUUCAUUUCUCAUGCAGCUUCAACCAUGAUUAUUUUUUGACUGUAAGUAGUCUCUCUUUUGCUUGAAAAUCUGUAAGUGAGAGUAUUGGGGCAGCAAAGUCACACAAGUUGCAAGGGUGCUAGUUACGAAGACGUGAAUAUUGGUGAGUGAUUUCUACCAGAAUUGUCAAGCAAUUUCAAGAUUUUCUGAUUCAUCGUGAAGGCUAAAUUAAUGGUGGAGGCUAAAUCGUGAGAGUGUGAGUUGACAGCCCAAACCGUGAGAGUUGGAAGGUCCGUCAUGUAGGUCAUUAAUAAAGGUCCUCCCUGUUUACUCCUUUCCCCAAUCCAAAGCUCAAAAUAUAAAAUUCUUGAUGACUGUAUGUGUUAUAUACUUUUGUAACCAUUUACCUUGGGUUCGUUUUGAUGUGAAACAGACUUGCAGCAUCUGUUGACGAGGUACUUGAAGAUGAUGAUAUGAGCUUUUCAGAGCAGCUAAGGGAAUAUCUGCACUUUGCUGAUGUUUUAAAGUAAGUAUAUUAAAGUAAAGUGAGUAGCUAACCACAGCUGAACAGAAAAAUAUUGAUUAUUUUCCACAAAAAAAUAUCACAUCAUUUAUAAUAAAAUAUAAAUAAAAUGACAUAAUGUGCUAAAGAUGGGUAAGUUUAAGUCGCUGUUUUAGGUUUGAAGUACAUUUUCAAUGAACUAUGAGGGCUCAGAGAUUUAUUCAACAGGAAAUAGCAGUAACAGUUACUGUGGGAAUUACCCCAGAUGCAUUUGGGUUCUAGUCAUUGUUUUAAUAAGUAUUAUUUUUAUUGUGUGUUUUCAAGGGGAGUUGCCCAUAGACAGCAGCUUCGUCAGUAUGAUGCAGAAAAGGCGGAGGACAAUUUAUCUACAAAGAAGACGCAAAGAGAUGACAUGAUUGCUCAAAAGGUCAUUGCGCUAACAUAACUAGUAGUAGUAGUAGUUAGUUUCCAUAGCAACCACUUGUAAUUUAAUGAGUAUUUGCUUUGACACUGAAAUUGUUACCACUGACUGCGGGGUCACGAAUAAGGAUCUAUGCAGAGGAGUUUACUGGACACUACAGGUGUACAUUGAAGUGACAAAGACUGUAAAUAAUAAUAAUAGCUAUUGUUAUUAUUAGAUUAAACAGAACUCACAAAUCUGGAUCCUGCCAAUAAAACCAACCUAGAAAAGGCUCUGCUAUAUUCAGGCUCAAGAAAUAUUACCAGGGCUGUCACUAAGAGUCAGGGGCUGGGGAUUUCCCCUUACUGCCACCCCUGGCUACUUUCAUAGGCAACAGAAGAAAAAUAGAACCAAAAGAAUUUUGCAGUUGUACAUUCAAUUCCUCACCUAAUAAUAAUAAAUUACACAUAUAUGGCAACUUGAAAUCUUAAUGAGAGCCCUGGAUUGCCAGGCACGGGUCUAGGAUGAAUACUGACCAAUUUCCUGAAUGAGUGCCAAAGGCACAAGCUUGUAGUGGGGUCUAGGGGCAUGUAUCCCAGGAAAUUUUUUAGAUUUUAACUACUUAAAGUCCCUUUCCUCCAAACUAUUCUCCAGAUUCAACUUUUUUUUUGUUAUUAAAAAUAUAUUUAUAAUGAAAAAUAAGACUGAUUCCCGUAAACGGUGGAAACCGGUGUGGAUCCAUGCCUGAUCACUUUCUGAGGCGGUCCCCAAAUUAUUCACCAGUAAUCUGGGCUCAGCUCCUCCUAAGAUGGUUAAGUUUAACCCAAGAUUAAGUAAGAACAUGCAACCCAAGCUCCUUUACUCUGAGAUUCAGUAAUGAUAACACAAAAUAUUACUCUGGGCAAUGCAUUAUUAGAAAGUAAAUACAAAAAGUGAAAAUAAUUUUAAUCCUGGAUUAGCGCUGAUCCGCCAUUCAGGAACUGGGCCCAGGGUCACCAGCUCCCAAUGGUACAAGAAUCAUAUAGAUUGCCUUCUUUUGUCUCAUGUUUGUUUUUCUGCAGGAAGCAAUAGAGAGUGGACAAGCCCCACCCAAAUCAAGUGGUUUUUCAUUCAAGGGAUUGUCAUCCAUGAUAUUUGGAGCUGAGUCUCCUGAAGUAUUAGGAACCAAAAUUAGCAACUUGGAAGAACAAAUUAGUGAUGCUGAGGAGGUUGUCAAGACAACAAAAGAAGAUCUUAGGUGCGAUACUGUAAUUUUGCUGAUGGAUGUCAAGAGCAAAUGUGAAAAAAUUAAUACAUUUUUUACCUCUUGCAAAAUACAUUGUAUAGCGUUACUCAAGCUGAUGUCACCUACUGAUAUUUAUGUGCCAACCAGAAGCACAUAGGUUCUUGUAACAAAAAAUUAUUUCAUUUCACUUGUUACAAAUUUGAAUAACAAAAAAACAAUGUUUGUAAACACUGAUGUCUCCUAUAAGAAAACCAAUAUCUCCGCUGGAAAGUACAUGCUCUGAAAAUUUAAGUCAGUAGGCACAUUGUAAACUUGGCAGCAUAUAGAACAGGACCGAUCAUUAGUAUCAUUUCAUUCAGUGCUGUGACUUGAGGAAAUUUUUUAUAAACUUUACAUAAGGAGGUCGGCAAAAUGGUGAUUCCCUUGUCUUCUCAUCAUUCUCUCAUCAAGCUAUACAAAUAGAAACUGUGAUUGAUGAUAGAUCAAAACAUAAUUAGCUGUGUAUGAUAAUUUAAGCCUGAUUGGUCAAAUUGUCUGCAGAAAUUCUGCUUCUAAAAGAAGAAAUGUUACAAAGAAUGCAUGUCUCAGAAGAGUCUCUGUGAAUGGCCACCAAGCAAUGCCGUAGUUUCUAAAAGCUGAUCUUUCCAAAAAUAAUGUUUCCGACAAGAAGUUUCUAUAAGGUUACUUGGGCAAACCAGGUCUUGCAUCUGUUGAAUUUAUUUUGUAAACCAUAGAAUCUGUAUUAAGGAGACGCCUGAGAAAUGUGUGUCUGCUAAAUACAGGUUCGUUUUACAAAAAACAUGGGAAUUCAAGUGUAUCUUGGUAACUGUUUUUGAGUUAAUUUUGUUUGUCAUUUAGAGUUUUUAAUGAGGAAGCUGUCAAAGACUAUGAACGCUUCAGGAAACAGGAAGUCCGUGAUUUAAGAGGAGUGUUGGCAGCACACAUCAAGGCUCAAAUAGCUCUAUGUAAAUUGGUAUGUUGCAUUUGUUUUUGGUAACCAAGAAACUAAGCAGACAGCAAACUUAAUAAUUGCUUUUGAUACUAAAAUAAUAUCAUUCACUUGCAAGUGACUCCAACAUCUUGAAGGAAAUUUUCCAGGCAGAGGCAUGUUGUUUUAAUUUACAACAAAUGAACCAACCAGCUCGUGGUUUCAGUUGAGCCUGUUUACAAAAAAACAUGAAUGGACUGAGGGCAAGACUAUUUUUCCUUUUAUGCAGUAUGUGAUCUUUCUACAGUUGACUCUCUCUUAAUGGACACCUAGAGUUGGUCCCUGCCUUUCUUUACUCCCUUUAUUCGACUCUUCAUGAGACGGACACCUCUAUAAAACAGACAUCUUUACUUGACUCUUUAUAAGACAGACAUCUCUCUAAGAUGGACACUUAAUACCGGUCCCAAAGGUGUCUGUCUUUGGGAGAGGUGACUGUAUCUUAAGAGACAUAAUAUUAUUUUAUUAUUUAAAAUAAAAGCUGACUGUAAGCAGUCUAUGAAGGAACACCCUUCUAUUAAGAGAAAAUGCAAAGGAUAUUUGUUAUAGAAAUAAAAAUCACCAACUCACCUUGACAAUACGCAUUAUUAUAGAAGUCUUUUUUUGAAGCUAACCAGUUAUCUUGUAUCUACAAAAAAUGGGUGAAUGCAAAAAUAUUUCCCACCUCAAUUUACUGGUAAGACUGUGAACUUCUGUAGGUUACAAUGUAUGGACUACACUUCAUUAUUUUUCAUUAUCUUGCAGGGAAUUUCAACAUGGGAGGACAUGAAAGAGACUGCCAAAACAUUAUAA